AUGCCACUCGAACCUCAGGGACCACAUUAUUACUCCAUCGCUGAGCCAUUUAACAUGGAUACCGCCACCCAAGGGAAAGCAGAAGCUGGGGAGUCAUCCGUGUCGAUAGAUAAGAAUUUGCUAAAGCGAUUGGAUCGGUUUGAGGAGUUCAUAAGGAAAAGCCAAGGUUUGAACAAACAAGGAGGUCUGGACUACAACGAGUUGUGCCUAUUUCCGGAUAUGCAAUUGCCCAUGGGUUUCAAAACGCCCAAGUUUAGCAAGUAUGACGGAACGGGCAACCCCAAGACGCAUCUUCGAAUGUUCGCCAACAAGUUGGGCAAGCCAAUAGAUGACGAGAAUCUACCAGUUCGUUUGUUUCCUGAAAGCUUAGAAGGCGAUGCACUGGAUUGGUAUUCCAAUUUGAAGCCCGAGAAUAUGAGGACAUGGAUGAACUUAUCAACCACUUUUGUAAGGCAAUACGAAUACAAUUGCGAGUUGGCUCCAACGAGGACCACAUUGGAGGGAACCAGGAGGAAACCAUCCGAGGACCACAAGACAUAUGCGAAGAGAUGGAGGAAAUUGGCCGCCAAGGUGGAGCCUCCCAUGACUGAAGAUGAGAUUGUUCGUACGUUCAUCAAAGCUCACGACCCGCCCUAUUUUGAGGAGAUUUUUCACAUGAUCUGGUGUUCAUUUGCAGUAAUUAUCAAUAAGUUAGAGGAAUAUGACGAAUACGUCAAAGCAGAGAAAAUUGUCAAUGUAUCAGCUUUAAAAUCACAGUUGGAUGCCUUGCAAGGUCAGAGUAAUAAUGGAAGGGAGCCUCAAUGUAAGAAGAAAGAGGAGGAAACUACUUUUAUGUGGGGCCAAGGACCGUUUUCAAGACCCAGAUCCCAACGUUACCACACAUAUUCAUCUCGCUACCCAAACCCACGCCCUGUUUACCAUACUACUACCAAUCACCCUCGACCUCAGCCAAACUAUGCUAGCCCACCUACAAUGCCCUCCCUAAUAUCUCAAAACAAUUCUCAAAUUCGACUUUGUCUACCUUAUAAUCCCAGACCUGCUCCACCAAACCAACAGACUUACAACCCUCCUCAAACCAAUAAAAUACAAAAACCUGGUCGAUCUCAAACUUUUACCAACUUAGGCCGACCCAUUGACCAACUGUACGAACAGCUCAAGGCUGCCGGUGAAAUCAAUGACAUACCUCCUUCAAACUACUCUCGUCGAGGUCUCUCUGCUGGGUACAACCCUCAAGCCGCUUGUGCCUACCAUUCUGGAGCCCCCGGUCACUCGACCAGUAAUUGUUGGGUACUAAAACAUAAGAUCCAGGACAUGAUCGAAGCAGGAGAUAUAGUGUUAAGGAAAAGGGAAGAACAAGGACCGAGCAUAAGUACGAAUCCCUUUCCUGAACACAAGGACACCUUUGAGGCAUUUACCCCCCAAUGA